UACUUUUUCGCGCCAAUUUUGCCAGCAGGGGAUUGUGGGAUACUGGUGGACGACUGGAUGACUGAAAAUACUGCGGUUGCAGUGUAACGACGUAGUCUUUUUCUUUUUGUUUCAAUUUGAGAAAAGGGAAUAUUCAGAUGCGAGAAGACGAGGUGGACUCCCCGUGUGGGAACGGGGAGGAUAACACGGCCCGGGAAAUCAUGGAGGCGCUGUGCCAAGAGUUGAAUAUGGACGAGCAGACGGCGGACGAAGCUAUGCAAAAUUUCACUGCCGUCUGGGAUACGUACACGCUGGAGGGGGAGCUGGUCCACUGGCUUGCCUGUGCCCUCUAUGCAGCCUGCCGCAAGGGCAGCACACCCACUGUGGGCAAGGGGGUGAUGGAGGGAAAUUGUGUGUCACUCACCAGAAUCCUGCGGUGCUCCAAGCUUAGUUUGAUUCAGUUCUUCUGUAAGAUGAAGAAGUGGUCGGACAUGUCUAAUUUGUCCCAGGACUUCCGAGAUAAGGUUGGGCACUUGGAGAGAAAUUUUGAAGUGACGACGGUGAUCUUUAGGAAGUUUGAACCCAUCUUCAUGAGCAUGUUCCAGAAUCCUCAGGGGGAACCUUCACGACAGCCUAGGAGCAGAAAGCACAGGCGGCUGCCCUGUCACAUAAGUGAUGUCUUCAAAUUUUGCUGGACUCUCUUUGUGUACACAAAAGGGAAUUUCCGCAUGAUUGGCGACGACCUCGUGAACUCGUAUCACCUCCUCCUCUGCUGCCUGGAUUUGGCGUUUGCUAAUGCGCUUCUGUGUGCCAACCGAAAAGACCUCAUCAAUCCAUCCUUCAAGGGUCUGCCUUGCCCUAAGAAUCAGGACUACCUUAGCCCUGCUUAUACCCCGCCAGAGAAGCCCCCAUGCAUGCUGGAAAAGUUGUGUGAACUGCAUGACGGGCUGGUUCUAGAGGCCAAGGGGAUUAAGGAGCACUAUUUCAAACCCUACAUUAAAAAGCUAUUCGAGAGACAGAUUUUGAAAGGGAAUGAAUUGUUGCUCACUGAACUCCUGGACACCCCUAACUUCAUAGAUAAUAACAAGGCGGUUAACCGGGAGUAUGAGGAGUAUGUGCUGACAGGCGGGGAUUUCGACGAGCGCGUGUUCUUGGGUGCGGACGCUGAUGAGGAGAUCGGCACUCCCCGCAAAGCCACGGCGUCUGAGCUCCCCGAGGGACAGCUGUCCUGCCGCCUGCAGAUGGAGUGCAACUUGCAGCAGCACUUCGAGAAGACGCGCUCGUUCGCACCCUCCACCCCCCUGACCGGCCGGGGAUACCUGAAGGAAAAAGAUGUCCUGGUGACGCCAGUGUCCUCGGCCACGCAGAGUGUCAGCCGGCUACAGAGCAUGGUGUCUGGACUGCGCAAUGCCCCAAGCGAGGCCCUGUUGCAGAUCUUCAAGUCGUGCUCCCGAGAUCCCACAGAUGCUAUUCUGGAGCAAGUGAAGUCCCUGGGGGAGACAUUCCGGGAACACUACACCAAGGACACGGAGGAGCUCCCGGCAUCUCACAUGGAUUUUGCAGAGAAGAGGUUCAAGCUGGCCGAAAUCCUGUAUUACAAGGUCCUGGAGAACGUGAUGGUCCAGGAGCUCCGCCGGCUACAGGGCAAAGACAUGGCGGUUCUGCUGGAGCAGGACAUCUUUCACCGCUCUCUAAUGGCCUGCUGCCUGGAGGUCGUUCUCUUUUCCUACAGCUCGCAACACACCUUCCCCUGGGUGAUCGAGGUCUUCAGGCUGCGGCCCUUCUACUUCUACAAGGUGAUCGAGGUGUUCAUCCGCUCAGAGGAGGGCCUUUCGCGGGACACGGUGAAGCACCUGAACAGCAUCGAGGAGCAGGUCCUGGAGUGCCGGGCCUGGGCCCGUGACUCGGCACUGUGGGAGGCGCUGGGCGCUGCGCACAUGAAGGUCCCUACGGUGGAGGAGGUGAAUUUCCCUAACAGCUUUGAGACGGGGGGUAGCGGUGGUCCGGCACACCUGCCCCUGGUGGCCCUCUCCCCAAUCGUGCACCCUCGCAUCAGGGAGGUGAGGAUUGGUCUGGGCGGAAGUGGAAGUGCCCGCAAAGAUGUGCCACCUUCCCCCAUCUCCCUUCACGACCGGUACAGCUCCCCCAUGGCCGGCAGUGCUAAGAGGCGUCUGUUUGGAGAUGACGUGUCAUCGGCCCUCCCAGGGUCGCCCACCAAGCGGGCCCCCCUGGCCCUCGGUGGUGUCCUAAAGAUCAUCCCCACGUCCCCCUGUGUCUCCGAGGCUGUGCCCGGCUCCCCAGCACGCACCAUUAUCACCAUGUCUGCCUCCCCCAAUGCACAGCAGCUUGGCAUGCCCAUGCAAGGCAUGAAGAGCGACAUCGGCGGAAUCACCAUCAUCCAGGUGCAGCCCAGCGAGUCCAUGCCCCUUACGGCUCAGGUUCUGCUCACCGCCUCCCCGGGCCGGCCGGGCCUGGGUGCCGUGCCCACAGACGCCCAGAGCACCCACAAGCCCCGGCGAACCGGCUCACUGGCCCUGUUCUUCCGCAAGGUGUAUCACCUGGCCAGCGUGCGACUGCGGGACCUGUGCCUGAAGCUGGACAUCUCCGCAGAGCACCGGGGAAAGAUCUGGACAUGUUUCGAGCAUUCUGUCGUCCACUGCACGGACCUGAUGAAGGACCGGCACCUGGACCAACUCUUGAUGUGCGCCGUGUACAUCGUGUCCAAGAUCACCAAGGAGGAACGUACCUUUCAGGACAUCAUGAAGUGCUACCGCAGUCAACCUCAGGCCAACAGCCACGUUUAUCGGAGUGUCCUCCUCCGGUUUAAAGUCGAGGAACAGCCUUCUGAUGAAAACGAGUCAGGGACAGACCAGCAAGGUGCUGAGAAUGAAUCAGAAGCAGACUUAGAUGAGCGGGGUGACUUGAUCCAGUUCUACAACUCUGUCUAUGUGCUGAGGAUGAAGGGUUUCGCGGUUAAAUACGCCGUCCCCAGCGCUGACGGCAGGGCAGAGGCUCCGCCUCUCUCCCCUUUCCCGUCUGUGAGGGCGCAGCCGCUGUCACCUCGCCGUGUGUCCCAGAGGCAUUUCAUCUACGUGUCCCCACACAAGAAUGGCUCCUGUAUCACCCCCAGCUCUGCCUUCACCUACAAGUUCAACGGCAGCCCCUCUAAGGAGCUGAACGACAUCAACAGGAUGAUCCGGCAAGGAGGUGUGAGCCGCAAGCGGGUCUUCACCAUGGAGGGUGACUACCCCGACUCCCCGUCCAAGCGACCGUGCCAGGAGAGCAAGGACGUGCUGCUGAAACGCCUCCAGGACGUCGUGAGUGAGAGAGCUCACCACUGAACGCUCUCCCCGCUGCAGGCCACGCCCCCUGCUUGACUCUGGUUCUGAGGGAGGCGGUCCUCGGUCACCCAACGCCAUCCCAGCAUCAGCAUUAUGGAUAUACAGCACAGAACUGUACCCUUAAUUGUAACUCGUAAGCACACAGGCCUGCCCAGAGAUCUCAUGAUUUGUGCCUCUCCUCCCCCUCCAAAAAAAAUUGAAAAUCAUUGUUGUGUUUUUAAUGUAAUAUUUUUGUUUUGGUUAUGAACCAAAAGUAGUGUCUUGGAAUGGGUUUGGGAGGUGGGCUAAUGGGUGAAGCCCAGUUCCUCCUCGGUGGCCUUUGCUGGAAGUGAUUCUUGGGGCAGCUGCAGUUGGAUGGUCUCUAGGCAGGUAACUGUGGGUUUAUGCUGCUUUUAGCAACAUUGUUUCUCUGUGUAGUAUCUACACUUUUUCUCUCUUUUUUUUAAUUAUGUGGUUGAGCAUUAAUGCUGAGUUGUUCAGCUAAAAGUUUUGUUUAUUUUUGCAGUCGUAUGUUGUCAUUGAAAUAUUCGCCGAACUUUUUUCUUUUAAAUGAUAUUCAGAUUUAAUUUGGAACUUAAAAAGAUGUUUGUUCUUAUGUGAUGUUUCGUAUCUAAUGGGACUUUGUGACCACUGAUGCUGACACCUUUUUAUGACAUUUACUUUAAAACUCAUAAGUACUCUGUGGGUUAAUCGGUUUGUUCUUCAAAUUGAAACAGAACAUAUCAGUAAUUCGGUCCCGAAUCAAACACAGCUUAUUAACUGACCCUACGUAAUACAGGAGAAGGGUUACUGGUUGUUAGAAAACAUUCCCAUUUAGGGAAAUGCAAAAUCCUGUUUAGUAUCUUUUGUUAGCAUUUUAAUUAUCUGGGUGUUGACUUUUAUAUUUUGUAAAGUAACAAAUUAAGCUGAACUGGGAAAAAUUGGAAGUAGCAAUGAAAUGGACACUUUCUGUAGCGCGGCCCGAAACCCAGAGCAUGGGCUAAAUUUUCCCCUUUUCUUUUACACAUGUAUGAAAAUAAACUUUCAUAUUUUACUUA